UAUUUAACAGUUAAAUAAAAUUAAGUUUUUAAAAACAUUUUAAGACAUUUGUAGUUGUUCUAUUAGUUAUGUGGUAAAGAAAGUAAUUACUCUAAUUAAAAUCCAAAUAGUACACUGUUUUAAAUGUUAAGAUCAAGUCCCUUUCAGAUUUAUUUUGUUAACACACAGGUAGUUUAUUGUGAACUCUCUUGGCCUUGGACCUCAUUUUGCAUAAUAGCAAAGCAGAAAACAAUGUGGCAUUUGAAAAAAGAUACACAACUAAGAAUUUCUAAAAAUGUGAAGUUUUGCUCAUACAUAAAGUAAUUCUGUCUGAAUCGUUUGUUAUACAGAAAUGUCACCUACUUCUGUAGCAUAUUUAUGUAUACACCUAAACUAGUGAUAGGGGUUCCUCUGAGACUCUCCUGCCUCCUGAAUACCAAUUUAGCCAUCACUCUUUAUUUAAGAAUAUAUCAAGUUGUAUUACGUGUCACCUUCUGAAACUUUCAUUAAGGAUGCAGCUUUAUCUGUUGUGCAAUAUGGUACAAUUUAUUAAGCACUCCUAUGUGAAAAGGAGAUAAAUGCCUUAUAAAAUUGACAGGUUUUUGUUGAUUUACUUAUAAUCUUAUGUUUGAAGAGAAAAUGCACAUAUAUACGUCUAAGAAAUAUAUUGAGUGACAGCAUCUGACUUUAUGUUCCAUACUAUCAAAUGAUCGUAAAUAUAGGAUAAGUCAUUUGAAAUGAAAUAGAUUGAGCCCUUGUUUUCAAAACCACCAUGAAGCUAGCAUAAUUUUAUUAAUCACUAAUAAAAAGUCAGUUGUACAAUUACAAGUAAAUGAUAUGCCGAGAUAAAUAAUUUGUUAAAUGUUUGUAUGUGAUCGAUCUUAUUUUUACCAUAUUUAGGAAUCAGUCAUGUUUCAUGAGUCCUCAAAACUGACACAAGAGAAUGUAGUAGAGUGAGGCCAGAAGUCCUUACUGGUUCAAAGAACUCCGGGGAAACUGGGAUAGAACAUUUUACAUUAUAAGUAGAACCCUGGGAGCCAGAGGUGAAUACGAGUUUAUCUGCAGAGCUCCGCUGCAGGGCUGAUCUGGGUCUGGAAGAAAUGGAUGAGAGCCAGUGGAUGAAAUUCACUAAUACUAGACAUCUGAGUCCUCUAAUAUUGGUGAAUGAACUUUGCUAAGUAUGGAUUCAGGUGGUGGAAGUCUUGGAUUGCACACGCCAGACUCUAGAAUGGCCCAUACCAUGAUUAUGCAAGAUUUUGUGGCUGGAAUGGCUGGUACUGCACAUAUCGAUGGAGACCAUAUUGUUGUUUCAGUUCCUGAAGCUGUAUUAGUUUCUGAUGUUGUCACAGAUGAUGGGAUAACUCUUGAUCAUGGCCUUGCAGCUGAAGUUGUCCAUGGACCUGAUAUCAUCACAGAGACUGAUGUAGUAACAGAAGGUGUGAUUGUUCCUGAAGCGGUACUUGAAGCUGAUGUUGCCAUUGAAGAGGAUUUAGAGGAAGAUGAUGGUGAUCACAUCUUGACUUCUGAACUAAUUACAGAAACCGUUAGGGUACCAGAGCAGGUUUUCGUGGCUGACCUUGUUACUGGUCCUAAUGGACACUUAGAACAUGUGGUCCAAGAUUGUGUUUCAGGGGUCGACUCCCCCACAAUGGUAUCAGAGGAGGUUCUUGUAACUAAUUCAGAUACAGAAACUGUGAUUCAAGCAGCUGGAGGUGUUCCUGGUUCUACAGUUACUAUAAAAACCGAAGAUGAUGAUGAUGAUGAUGAUGUCAAGAGCACUUCUGAAGACUACUUAAUGAUAUCUUUGGAUGAUGUUGGAGAGAAAUUAGAGCAUAUGGGGAAUACACCAUUAAAAAUUGGCAGUGAUGGUUCACAAGAAGAUGCUAAAGAGGAUGGGUUUGGUUCUGAAGUAAUAAAAGUGUAUAUAUUUAAAGCGGAGGCCGAAGAUGAUGUUGAAAUAGGUGGAACAGAAAUUGUCACAGAGAGUGAGUACACCAGUGGACAUUCAGUAGCUGGAGUGCUUGACCAGAGCCGAAUGCAGCGGGAGAAGAUGGUUUACAUGGCAGUUAAAGAUUCUUCUCAAGAAGAAGAUGAUAUCAGUUGCGCUGAAAUAGCAGAUGAAGUUUACAUGGAAGUCAUUGUAGGGGAAGAGGAAGGAACUUCUCUCCCUGAGAUUCAGCUUGAGGACUCUGAUGUUAAUAAAACAGUUGUCCCUGUUGUCUGGGCUGCGGCAUAUGGAGAUGAAAGAAGAGUUUCCCGAAGGUAUGAAGAUUGUCAAGCAUCAGGAAAUACUUUGGACUCAGCAUUAGAAAGCAGAAGUAGUACAGCAGCACAGUACCUUCAAAUUUGUGACGGCAUUAAUACAAAUAAAGUACUUAAACAAAAAGCCAAGAAGAGGAGAAGGGGAGAAACCAGGCAGUGGCAAACAGCUGUUAUAAUAGGUCCUGAUGGACAGCCCCUCACAGUGUACCCUUGCCAUAUUUGCACAAAAAAGUUUAAAUCCAGGGGAUUCUUAAAAAGACACAUGAAGAAUCAUCCUGAUCAUUUAAUGAGAAAAAAAUAUCAGUGUACAGAUUGUGACUUUACAACUAACAAGAAAGUGAGUUUCCAUAACCACUUAGAAAGCCAUAAGCUUAUAAACAAAGUCGACAAAACCCAUGAAUUUACAGAAUACACACGAAGAUACAGAGAGGCUAGUCCACUGAGUUCCAAUAAACUUAUUUUAAGAGACAAGGAGCCGAAGAUGCACAAGUGCAAAUACUGUGACUAUGAAACUGCAGAACAAGGACUGUUAAACAGGCAUUUGUUGGCCGUUCACAGCAAGAAUUUUCCUCAUGUUUGUGUUGAGUGUGGGAAGGGUUUUCGACAUCCUUCUGAACUCAAGAAACAUAUGAGAACCCAUACUGGUGAGAAGCCAUAUCAGUGUCAGUAUUGUAUUUUCAGGUGUGCAGAUCAAUCAAAUCUGAAAACUCACAUUAAGUCUAAACAUGGUAACAAUUUGCCAUAUAAAUGUGAGCAUUGUCCCCAAGCAUUUGGUGAUGAGAGGGAGCUUCAACGCCAUCUGGAUUUGUUUCAAGGACAUAAGACACACCAGUGUCCUCAUUGUGACCAUAAGAGCACCAAUUCAAGUGACCUUAAGCGGCACAUCAUAUCUGUCCAUACUAAGGAUUUUCCUCACAAAUGUGAGGUCUGUGAUAAAGGUUUUCAUCGUCCUUCUGAGCUCAAAAAGCAUAGUGAUAUCCAUAAGGGUAGGAAGAUUCAUCAGUGUAGGCACUGUGACUUUAAAACAUCCGAUCCAUUUAUUCUUAGUGGCCAUAUCCUUUCAGUUCAUACUAAAGAUCAGCCAUUGAAAUGUAAAAGGUGCAAGAGAGGAUUCAGACAACAAAAUGAGCUCAAAAAACAUAUGAAGACCCAUACUGGAAGGAAGAUUUACCAAUGUGAGUAUUGUGAAUACAGCACUACAGAUGCAUCUGGCUUUAAACGACAUGUGAUAUCAAUACAUACAAAAGACUAUCCACACAGGUGUGAAUUCUGCAAGAAGGGAUUCCGAAGACCAUCAGAAAAAAAUCAGCAUAUUAUGAGGCACCACAAAGAGGCUCUUAUGUAAUAUGAUCAAUAUAAAGAAAGAAGCUAUUUAGGAGAUAUGAUAUGCUACUUGGGAGAAAACUCUCACUAACUGUCUCACCGGGUUUCAAAGCUUGAUACUAAACCAUGACUUUACAUUCUUUGUAUUAAAGAUCUUAAAAUAUUUGAAUUCACGGAGGAUCCCAUAGCCCUUUGAAAAUUACUUAAAGAAUUUAAGAAGCACUAUAGAACGGUCACAGAAAAACUUCUUAAGUAUCUGUGUAAUAGUAUUAUAUGCAUAUUUAAACUACAGAGAGGAAAAGCAAAGACAAAUACUUCAUUUGGCUGAUUAUGUUAGAUAACAAAUGUUUCUGAAAAGAGAAUACAUAAUUGAGUUUAGCGAUGCUUUGCUAUAGCAAGCAAACCCACUUUUAUGCAAUUUUAGAAAUGGGGCGGGGAAACAAAAUGUGGUCAUUCAUCAGUCACUUGGUCAUUGAGCCUUUUAUAUUGUACCUGGAAAUUAAAUUCCAGAAAUGACAAAAGUUUUGUGUAUUCAUUAGAAGAAAACUAACUGGAAAACAGGUUAGAUUAAUUCAGUACUAUUAAAAAAGAAUUCAGAGCUGUUAAUAUUUUAUCACAGGAUAGGAUACUUAAAAUAUAGCAUUCUGUGCUGAGGUCUAAGGUGAAGUCUAUAAAGAUUAAAGUUCCCUUUUUUCUGAUGUUCAAGUUGAUUGUUGUUCAGUAUGGCAUAUAUGACAAAAGUAUAUUUGAGUCAAAUGUGGCUUUCUAAAAUGGAUGCAACAUUAGCGUUGCAAACAAAAUCAGCACUAUAUUUCUUAAUGAUCUAAAGAUUAAAUUGAGAGAACACAGUUUUCUUAAAUAUUAUAAUGUCUAGAGUUUUUUUAGGACAGUCUUAGCAAGUAUGAUUGUUCUAGUCUUACUUGCUCUAAUGUUUAAAGGUGCAAUUUUAUGCCAUUAUUGAAAUUGAUUUUUAAAAUCUAUAUACCAUAUUAUUAACAUGCAUUUUCAAUAUGAGGCAUUGUUUAUGCAGUAUUUAAUAGAGCAAUCUGCUGCCAAUAGAGUUUGGAGGUGGAUAUUUAGUUUACAGUGUAUAAACUUAAAAUAUGCAUCCCUUUAACAACGCUUUGUGUUAGCAUGCUGCAAAUCAAAAUGGCACUUAAUAUUAAAAGCUGGUUUAGGGAAAUUUUAUGAAAAUCCUGUUCAUAAAUGUAAUGCAUAUGAUAUGUACUUUUAAGUUUUAGUUGCUUCAUGUUUACAUUCAGCUGUUCAACAUAAUUAAAAUGUAAUUUUACUUCAUGCUAUAUUGUGGCUUUGUGUUUCAAAUAAUGUUCACCUUUCUGUUUUUGCACCAGAUAAGAAUCAGUUCCUUGAGAAUAAAUUUUUUAUCUUUCUUAACUUCAGAAUAUUAAAUUUGGAAUAUCUACUAAAAUGGUGUGUUAUGUGGCUGUAAAUGAUGUACACGCUGUAAAAUAAGAUCGCUACUGUUAUGUGGGAUUAUUAUUUCUAAAUGUUACUCAUUGAAAUGAGCAUACAAUAAAAAGCAUUUAUUGCA